GCCGGAGGAGAGGCAGAAGGGUAGAAUCUCCUGACUUGAGUCAAGUGGAUGUAUGAGAAGCCAUCAUUCAAUUGUCUGCUAUGGCUGGCGCCGGCGCGCCAGUUCCGCCACAGCGCAAAUCGGGAUAUAUUUUGAGAUAUUGGACCGCACGUGUCGUAAACUUCAAUCGGGGUUCCUUCGGAGACCACUGUCAUUGACCGGAGCUUCGCCAAAAGAAGAAAAUCCACAUGGCUGGAUACUUGACGGGGUCCCGUGGACCACCAUACCAUCAUUGAAAGAAUCAACUGUUGACUGUGAUUAGCGAGAAUUCAAGGGUACAUGUACUUCAAUACUUGGUGAAUAGACUUGGAAAACACGACGCGAACUAACAUAUAGGACGAGAUCGAUUGUUUGUGCACGCAGGACAGUGACAGGUACAGUGUAACUGGCAGUCACAACUCAUCGGUCCAAUUUGACGUGGUCGCAUCCGAUAAGAAGUCUAUCACCGCAGUAUUCGUUAUAUCGCACAAGGCUGGCCAUCCAGCACUCCUGAAAGCCAAGUGCCAGUGCGUCAAGGCAAUACAGUGCAAGGCUACCGGCCCCUGAACACAAAUCCAAAAUGACGACCAUCACAAGCAAUUCAACUUCAUCACCAUCCAUCACCAUCUUCCCAUCCCACAAAGUGUCGCGGAUAAACCGCAACAUCUAUGCCGGAUUCACAGAACACAUGGGCCGGUGCAUAUACGGCGGGAUCUACGACCCAGGGAACACCAACACGAACCUAAUUGACUCACACGGGUUCCGAAAGGAUGUUCUUGAGGCAUUGGCACCGCUCGAGAUUCCCGUCUUUCGCUACCCAGGGGGCAAUUUCUGCGCCACAUAUCACUGGCAAGACGGGAUAGGACCAGUCAAAUCUCGCCCAGCAAGACCAGAACUAGCAUGGGGCAACAUCGAGACCAACCACUUCGGCACCGACGAGUUCAUGCAGUGGUGCAAAGCGGCCAACACAGAACCAUAUCUCUGCCUAAAUUUCGGAACAGGCACGCUCGACGAGGCCAUGGCCUGGGUCGAAUACUGCAACGGCACCAAAGACACGUACUAUGCGAAUCUGCGGCGGCAAAACGGUCAUCCAGAGCCCUACAAUGUCAAGUACUGGGCUUUGGGCAACGAGAUGUGGGGGCCCUGGCAGAUCGAGCAAAUGACCCAAGAGGCGUACGCCGAGAAAGCACUGCAGUGGGCGAAAGCCCUCAAGCUCCUGGACCCGUCCAUCGAGCUCAUUUUGUGCGGUAAAGAAGGCGCCACCUCCUGGGACUAUUAUACACUGAAGCACUGUCUGCAGCCUGCUGGACUCAGUGAUCUGGGUGAAGAGCGUCUGCCUCUGAUUGACAUGCAUAGCAUUCAUCUGUACACUGCCAGUGAAGACCAUUACGAGAACGUCACGGCGCCGCUGGCCGCGGAACGCAGCAUUGAGGUCUGUUCAGGUCUGAUUGAUCUUGCGAUCGUGGAGAACAAGAUCCCAGCUUCACAGAAAAGACCUACCAUCUGCUUUGAUGAAUGGAAUGUGUGGUCGCCGCCCCGUGCUCCUGGCAGCAAAGGCGCCGAAGAAAAGUAUACUCUCUCAGAUGCGCUUGCCGUGGCGGUGUGGCUGAACGUGUUGGUCCGCAAGUCUCGCGAUGUUGGAAUGGCUUGUAUUGCGCAGAGCGUCAAUGUUAUCAGUCCCCUCAUGACAACCGAGACGGGAAUCAUCAGGCAGACAAUCUGGUGGCCAUAUGAGCUGUUUUGCAGGUUCAUGAAAGGACACACUGUCGCCGUCCAUCUGGCUUGUGAUUCCUAUACUGGUUCCACAAAGCCUGAUUGGGUCAGGGCCGUCAAGGAGACCCCAUGGCUUGAUGUUAGUGCUACGGUUGAUGAUGACGGCUGGGUGAGCGUGUGCGUUGUUAAUAUGCACCUUGAAGUCGACUUCAAGACCGCCAUCGGAGGACCCAACGGCCAGAAGGUCACCGUGUACACUGUUACAGGCUCAAAUCCUCAAGCAACCAAUAUGGCUGGGAAAGAAGAAGUCGGAUUGAAACGGUCAGAGUGGGAUUCGGAAAAGGACCAAAGUUUUGUAUUUCCCAAAUGUUCCAUAACCAUGCUGAGGUGGAAAAGUCAAUAGUGUAACAUUAUAUAUGCUCCGCGGACAUCAAUGAAAAAAGAAUAGACAAAAUUUGUACCAG